CCGGAUCAUCGAGAAACGUCGCCGGGACCGCAUGAACAACUGCUUGGCGGAUCUUUCGCGGCUCGUGCCGUCUUGUCACCAGCGCAAGGGCCGCGGACGCAUCGAGAAGACGGAGAUCAUUGAGCUGGCAACGAAACACAUUCGCCACCUGCAGGCGCACAGAUGCCCGCGGCCAGAUGGCGUUGAUACCGACACGGCUAGCCGGCGCGCAACCAUCUCCAACCGCUAUGAGGAAGGCUACCGCGAAUGUCUGCGCGAGACGAUGCAGUGGAUGGUGGAGCACGAGGGCUUCAUACCCGGCGACCCCCUCUGCGCCCGUCUCAUGAACCACCUCCACGAGCACAUCGCACUCGUGCUCAGAGGCGGCUUUCCACCGCGGCCGCACCACGGCUCUCGCGUCGGCUCGCUCAGUGGCAGCACGAGCGGCUACAACGGGAACGCCAGCAGCAACGGCUCGUCCAGCGACGGUAACAGCGGCAGCACGCAGUGGCCCAGCUCGUCGGCGCCGCGGGAGAUGCGCUACGCGCCACCAGACCUGAACCAGCAGGCGCUGGUUCGGCUCCCGCUAGAGCGCGGCGACCCGGAGCCAAGCGCCGGUCCCGGCGCGAUGUCACGGUACCCUGCCGACGACGCCGACGCUGACUUCGAUGAGCCGCACCUGUACAAACUUCUGCACGUGGCAGGCGAGGUGAAGCGGGCUCACCCGCCUAGCAGCAGCAGCAGCCGCAGUUCGGAGGAGUGCGGCGGCUUCAUGUACAAGUUCAAGACCAACAUGAAGAAGCGCUUUUCGGCCGACAUGGCCGACGGCUUUGGCUCGAAGCGCUGCCGCCAGAGCGUGCCUCCGGCCGCCGUCGAAGCAGACAAGUGGAAGCCGACGUUGCUGGGCAGCGGCGCCGAGCGGACGCGCCGCCGCUCACAGCCCUCGCAGCUGGUGCCCGUGUUCGCACUGCACAGCAAGGGCUCGCUGUACCUGCCGAUGACGGUGGAGCUGGCGGCGCUGGGGCCGCAGGCUGAGCUGCUCUCCGCCGAGCCGCUCUCCCUUCUGCACCCUAUCAAUAUAUCGGUGUGCUUCUGCGAGCGGCGAGCGCUGGCCGACGCGGCCAGCGAGCAGCCGUCCACCUCUGGCGUGUCGUCGCUGCCACCGGAGACGGUGAUCUCCGAGGAGCUUACUUCAGCCGGGUAGGGCGCUGCCGAGCCGCCCGGGCCGCGCUCGUUACCGAGCCGGAGGUGAACCGUGCUGAACUUGACACGGGCUGCCCUGCUGUCCGCCGACCAAAAGGGUGGCGCCAUGCUGUUACAAAAUGCGGCACAUCUAUUCGAUGUUACAGUUGACUGUCGGUUUGUUCUGUCGCCGUGUGCGAAACCGUCGAAUCAAUGGCAUAGGAAGACGGUCUAUGUGCUUUAUAUUCAUUCUUGGCGUGUUCGCAUACGCCAUAUUUUUGCUCCCGUGUUGCUAUGUUCCUGACGCCCGAACUGCUGUUUGCCCGCUGCCGUGUGGCUUUGCUUUUAUCUGAGUGAGCACCAAGUUGCAUUAUCGCCGACAUAAUUGUAAUGGUCAUGUAUGGUCAGCUGGUCAAUGGCAUGAUGGUCAUGCAUGGUCAACUGGUCCAUGGCAUGAUGGCCAUUCGCCAAUACUUCAUUUCGCAGCUUCUGUUCAGUUCAGGCUGUCUGAUUUCUUCUGUGUUUCUAGGAAAAUCGGCCGUCAGGCGCUCUGACGGACCCAUAUGACGGUUGUAUUACUUACUUGUGUCACUUCCUUCGAUAACGUCAAUUCUCCCGCAACGAUAUCCCUACCAUCAAGCUAAUAAUGCGAGCAAGUCGUGGUCAUUUUGUCUACGGGCCUAACGUGGGCAGAAUUUCGGGAAAUGCUGUUUGUUAGCCGUGUGAAAAGGCGCUCAUCAUAUCAGGAGUCCCCGCGAAAAGACAAGCUAAGGCAGGCCGGGUGUGUGUAAAACUGCUCAUCGUUUAAUGGAUGUGUUGUGCAGAAGUGGAUGGUUCAACAUUCUAGUCGACUUGCGAUGGGAUAUUCGUGCAUCCUCCUCCGUUCUCAGCCUCCAAGCCAAUGAAAAGAACGCAAAUACGUUUUCCGCCAGACUGAGCUGCCUUGCCUAGCGAGUUGGGUCGCAGUUGUUGUGAAUGCAUCAGGCGAGACUUCCGUGGCGACAUGGACUAGGCCGAAUUCCGCCCAAUCUGCGAUGUACACUUGAUGUCACCGACACGCGAGUAUUCCGGCAGUUGCCGAAACUUGUGAAUGGGUAUAUCUAAUCUUCGCUGACGGCACUUGCUCACUUGGCGGUUGGGACAGGGCUGCCCGGGUCCACAUAUGUAACGAAUUCCACUGCACUCUGUUCAUCGAUCGCGCUGUUGCGAAACGUUCCGGCUAGAGGAGAGAUCGCCGGGCUUUUAUUAGUGGGCUCACAAUAUUGCAGCAAGCCGGCCAGCUCCAAAAUAGGCACCAUUUAUCAGCGAGACUGUCUGCCGUUUGACAGGCCGACACGCCACGUGAAAAUCGCCUGUACAUCAAGCCAACACGCGCUUCGUUACUGUUGUUGGCCGCGCGCUGUGAUGCCCUCUGCAUUGUUCGUUGGGUGAAUACCACAAAGUACUGAUUGCAUGUCGCAUGUCGCUCCGCGCGUUGAAUGAACUCUGGACGCGCACGAGUACACCCAGUUGGCAGUGGCCAGUGGCAUGUAAAAUGGGAUACCCUGACGUCACGGCUGGAUGUGUGUGAUUCACAAUAGUUUCAAGGUGUAGCACGAGGCUGUGUUUAGGGCUGAACCUUUCAGCCAGUCAAGAUGUUGAAGUACUAUCCGUGUGCCAAUAUACUGGAAU